UCUUGUACUGUAACUUGAAGCCAUUGGUUCGAGUCCUACCCUCCAGAGCAGGAGAAAACAAGCUUGCUCCAUCUUCCGUCCAUUAGCGGUCUUGCAUCUUCCCGAGGCAUCGAUUCCGCUGCGUCCGAGAGUCCCCUCCGCUCGGUGGCGCUGCCAUGAAGAAAGGCUUCGGCCAGAAGAGCCACACGUUCCUGCCCAAGAUAUUUAGGAAAAUGUCUUCCCAGCCCAAGGAACGCCCCGAAAGCUUGCAGUUCCCUUUCCUGGCCGACAACGACACCAUUGCCACCAUCCGGGAGUCGAAGACGUUGUUCAUUCUGCGGGGCCUGCCUGGCAGUGGGAAGUCCACUUUGGCGCAGGCCAUCCACGACAAGUACAAAGAUGCUUGCAAGGUCAUCUCCGCUGACAGCUACAAAAUCCAGCCUGCUGUCAGGAGCGCCAUUCCCGAUGACUAUGGCAAGGUCGAUGAGGACCUAGGUGACUACUGCAAGCGUGACAUCAGCGUGCUGGUGGUAGACGACACCCACCAUGAGAGGGAGUGCCUGGAUCAGAUCUUCGACAUUGCCGACACAUUCCGCUACCAGGUCAUCAUCGUGGAGCCCAAGACGACGUGGAAAAUGGAUUGCUUACAGCUGAAGGAUAAGAACCAGUGGAAACUCUCGGCGGACGAGCUCAAGAAGCUGAAGCCCAGUUUGGAAAAGGAUUUCCUUCCCUUGUAUUAUGGGUGGUUUUUGAGCAAAAGGAGCUCGGAGAACUUGCGGAAGACCGGGCAGGCGUUUUUGGACGAGCUUGCCAGUAUCAAAGUCUUCAGAAAGGAGGCUAAGCACUGUGGGUCCCCCAAAAACCUGUUUGUUUUUUGUGUCAGAUUUGCAUUCUACUAACUAACCCAUGAGAUCUGGUUUUCUAUUAGUUGACCAUAAGAUAAACAACUUCUACCUAGUUCCCAUGUUGUUUCCUUUGAUGUUAAUUGCUGGUAUCCUAUACUUGUUCAGCAAACACUCUCUUUUUUAAGAUAUCCAGUUUCCAGUUCUCCUGCUGAAAAGAGAGCCAGUGUGGUGUAGUGGUUAAGAGUGGCAGACUCCUAAUCUGGGGAGCCGGGUUCGCGUCUCCACUCCUCCACAUGCAGCUGCUGGGUGACCUUGGGCUAGUCACACUUCUCUGAAGUCUCUCAGCCCCACCCACCUCACAGGGUGUCUGUUGUGGGGGAGGAAGGGAAAGGAGAAUGUUAGCCGCUUUGAGACUCCUUCGGGUAGUGAUAAAAGGCCUUUGUUCCAGCUCAAUGGAUCACGGGGAGAAGAGGUGAGGUAUUAAAAUCUGAACCUGCUACCAAUUUCUUGCUAGCUCUUACUCCAGAAUAAUUGCCACAGGCAGCGUUAAGAAGCUAUUUAAAAAAGCAAUGCCAGCAUCCCCCCCCCCCAAAAAAAACGUUGGCAGUUCUUUAGGUGUUCUUUCCAAAACACCCCCCACAGCCAAGGCUACUUGGCAAACCUCACCCUAGCCAACCAGACACUGCCCUAGCUGCUGCAACAAGAGGAGUUAAGCAUGCUGGGUUGGGACAGGGGUUCAGCCCCCCUCUGCGCUGUGACACCCAUGCAUGCCCUCAGGCCAAGGCUGCCAAGGGAGGGCAGAAAUGCAAACUGAAUGCAAACACCUGAAGCGAGGGUAUGAGGUGAGGGCUUCUCUUGCCUGCUAUGGCUAUUUCUCACCAAGCCUACCCAAGAGAAUUUCUCUCACCACCACCGGAUGUGAGGGACAGAAGCUAUAGACAGCCCCCUCCCAUCUUAAACACGAGCUCUUCGCCCAGCGCAAG